AUGUGCCUUCAAGAAACUAAGUGGGUUGGUGGAAAAGCAAGAGAACUAGCCCCGUGGGGUUAUAAGUUGUGGUACUCUGGAAAGGAUAAGAGUAGGAAUGGAGUAGGCAUCAUUAUUGAUAAGGAAUAUAUUGAUGAUGUGGUAGAAGUUUCGAGGAAGAGUGACCGCAUUAUGAGUAUCAGGCUAGUAUUAGGGAGCGAGGCGGUGACUAUCAUAAGCGCAUAUGCGCCACAAGUAGGAUUGGAAGCAUUUAUUAAACAACAAUUUUGGGAGGAUUUGGAGGAGGUUGUGCAACGAGUGCCUAUAAAUGAAAAAUUUAUCAUUGGUGGGGAUCUUAACGGACAUGUGGGCACUAGUCGAGUUGGCUUUGAGAGCAUUCAUGGAGGUUUUGGGUAUGGGGAGAGAAAUGAAGCUGGAAGUGGUAUCUUGAAUUUCGCAUUAGCCUAUGGUCUUAGUAUUAUGAACACUUGGUUUGAGAAAAGAGAAUCUCACCUUGUGACGUGUAGGAGUGGAAGUAACGCGAGUCAGAUUGACCUCUUUUUAGUAAGGAAUGCUUGGCGGAAGAGUUAUACAAACUGCAAGGUGAUACCAGGUGAGAGCGCAACCACCCAACAUAGACUAGUCGUGCUUGAUUUCCGGGGUAGGGAGUCUUUAAGAAAGCGAAAACCCAAUGUGGAGCCGCGAAUCAAGUGGGAAGCUCCAAGGGGAGCACAAAGAGAACUUCUUAGCUAA